AUGAAGGAACUGGUAUUGGUGCUGGCCGUUUGGCCUUUGUUUUCCUCACUGCAGCUGCUGAAGAAAGUGGCUUCAAAUCGGUGUAGCAACAACAGUUAUGUGAUCAAUGUGAUGCUCAUGAAUUACUCGGAUUUCCCAUUAAGUACUGAUAGUUUGAAGUUAGCUGUGAAACAAGCCUUGGACAGGGUACAAAAGGAAUUCCAGAUGACAGGUAAGCCAAUGGGUUGGUUACCUGCAAUUCAUUAUGCUGUUUGCUUUUACUUUUGUGUUACAGGAGAAAAUGUUACAGUGGAUGCCAUCUUCCACCCCUUUACUUCAUCAUUCUAUGUCUCACAAGCCUGCCGUACUAGCACCUGUGAAGGUGUGGAGCUCAUCAAAACCAUUUAUGAUUCUGGCACACUUGGCUGUGCUGUCAUAGGACCAGCUUGCACUUAUGCCACCUACCAAAUGGUCUCACUUGAAACAAUACUGAGCCUGCCUCUGAUCUCUGUAGGGAGUUUUGGUCUGUCCUGUGACUACAAAGAAAACCUAACCCGCCUUCUGACCCCAGCCAGGAAACUGAACCAAUUCUUCUAUCAUUUUUGGAGACAUUCUGGGCUGCCAUUCAAAACCACGACCUGGGAAUCUGUCUACAUUUACAAGAGAACUGAAACCUCAGAGGCCUGCCUCUGGUACAUGAAUGCUUUAGAUGCUGGAAUCACAGAGUUCUCUGAAAAACUCAAGUUCAAGGAUAUUUUAAGAACUCCAGAGCUGCUUAAAAAAACUGUGAAAAAUCCAAACCGGAAAAGCAAUGUGAUCAUCAUGUGUGGCUCUCCAGAGGACAUCGGCUCAGACCUAGGGACGGAGAAGGUGGAUAAUGACAUCGUUAUCAUCUUGAUAGAUCUCUUCAAUAACGUGUACUUCAAGAAGAACAUCUCAGCUGAUUACAUGCACAAUGUGCUUGUCCUGACUCUGCCACCAGCUAAUUACAGCUAUAAUACUAGUUUCUCCCAGGAUUUGUCUUUGAUGGAAGAUGACUUUCUUGCUGGCUAUUUUAAUGCAGUGUUGCUGUUUGGCUAUAGUGUCAAGAAAUUUGUUGUCUCACAGAGCCCAAUGUCACCUUUCAAUUUAAUCCAUGAAUUCCGAAAUACCACUUUUGAAGGUGUAGUGGGUCCUGUGACUCUAGAUGAAUUUGGAGACAUUGAUACCAAUCUGACUGUGCUGUAUACAUCACAGACUGCAAAUUAUUUCAAACCUCUUCUGUAUUUCAACACUCAAAGCAAUGACACAUGCAAGGCGACUAACAGUCCGGAUUUUAUUUGGAAGAACCACAAGCUGCCCAGUGAUACUCCAGGCACUGGCCCACACAUCUUGACUAUUGCUGUCUUUACACUGACGGGAAUUGUGAUUCUAGUUCUGAUCAUCUCUUUGCUGAUUCUAAGGAAGUACAGGAGAGAUAAUGAGCGCCGGUGGAAAAAAUGGUCCCAUAUACCACCUGAGGAAAUCUUGCCUCUAGAGACCAAUGAGACAAGUCAAAUUAGUUUGAAGAUUGAUGAAGAUAAGAGACGUGACACCACCCAGAGACUGCGCCAGGGCAAGUAUGACAAGAAGGUGGUGAUCCUAAAGGAUCUCAAAAACAGUGAUGGUAAUUUCUCAGAGAAGCAAAAAAUAGAACUGAACAAGCUCCUACAGAUUGAUUAUUACAACCUGACCAAGUUCUAUGGCACUGUGAAGAUAGACACCAUGAUCUUUGGCGUGAUUGAAUACUGCGAAAGAGGUUCUCUGCGGGAUGUUUUAAAUGAUAAAAUAUCCUACCCUGAUGGCACAUUCAUGGACUGGGAAUUUAAAAUCUCCGUCAUGUAUGAUAUUGCCAAGGGGAUGUCUUACCUGCACUCAAGCAAAACUGAAGUCCAUGGUCGACUCAAAUCCACAAACUGUGUAGUAGACAAUCGCAUGGUUGUGAAGAUCACUGAUUUUGGCUGUAAUUCAAUUCUGCCUCCAAGGAAAGACCUGUGGACAGCUCCUGAGCAUCUCCGGCAUGCUGAUGUAUCUCAGAAGGGUGAUGUAUAUGGCUAUGGGAUCAUUGCCCAAGAAAUCAUCCUACGCAGAGAAACGUUCUACACCAAACACUGCUGGGACAACAGAGAGAAACUCUACCGAGUGGAGAGAGGCAAAGGAGUAAAGCCUUUCCGACCAGACCUGACCUUGGAAAUAGUGGGAGAAAAACAGAUGGAAGUAUAUACACUAGUGAAAAGCUGCUGGGAGGAAGAUCCAGAGAAAAGGCCUGACUUUAAGAAAAUUGAGAGUACUCUGGCUAAAAUAUUCAGUAAUUUCCAUGGCCAGACCAAUGAAAGCUACAUGGAUACCCUGAUCCGGCGUUUACAGCUGUACUCACGGAACUUGGAACACCUGGUGGAGGAAAGGACAGAGCUGUACAAAGCAGAGAGAGACAGAGCAGAUAGGCUUAAUUUCAUGUUACUUCCAAGGCCAGUAGUAAAGUCUUUGAAGGAGACUGGCCUGGUAGAGCCAGAGUUGUUUGAAGAAGUCACUAUCUACUUCAGUGACAUUGUUGGCUUCACCACGCUCUGCAAAUACAGCACCCCUAUGGAGGUGGUAGAUAUGCUCAACGAUAUCUACAAGAACUUUGACCACAUUCUUGACCAUCAUGAUGUUUACAAGGUGGAGACCAUUGGUGAUGCUUACAUGGUGGUGAGUGGUUUACCAAAGAGGAAUGGCAACCGGCAUGCAGUGGACAUCUCCAUGAUGGCUCUGGACAUCCUCAGCUUCAUGGGAUCUUUUGAACUGAGACAUCUGCCAGGGCUGCCUGUUUGGAUUCGCAUUGGAAUUCACUCUGGUCCAUGUGCAGCUGGUGUGGUUGGAAUAAAAAUGCCUCGUUACUGUUUGUUUGGAGAUACAGUAAACACAGCUUCGCGGAUGGAAUCCACAGGCUUGCCUUUAAGGAUUCAUGUAAGUGGUUCCACAAUUAACAUCCUGAAAAGAACAGACUGCCAAUUCCAUUAUGAAGAGAGAGGAGAAACGUACUUGAAGGGCAGAGGAACAGAAAUUACCUACUGGUUGACGGGUACUGAGGACAAGAAAUACAAUCUCCCAACACCUCCUUCUGUGGAGAAUCAGCAGCGGUUACAUGAUGACUUAGCAGAGAUGAUAACCAAUAGUCUUCAGAAAAGGGAAAAUGAAGGAUCCAAGGCACAGGAGCUUUCGCGGGUAGGUAGCCAGCGAUCAGGUACCCUGGAAUACCUGCAACUGGUCAGCACAGAGAAUUUUACCACAUAUGUUUAAAACUGGAUGUCUAGUAUGACUCAAAAAGCUGCAACAGCUCUCUGGACA